AUGAGCGGACACGACUCCAAGUACUUCUCCACUAGAAAAAAUGGCGAAAUCCCUGAGCUCAAAGAAGCACUCAAUUCUCAGUACAAGGAUAAGAGAAAAGAUGCUGUUAAAAAAGUGAUUGCUGCCAUGACUGUUGGGCAGGAUGGUUCAUCUCUUUUCACAGAUGUUGUGAAUUGCAUGCAAACGGAAAACUUAGAACUCAAGAAGCUUGUCUUUUUGUAUCUUAUUAAUUAUGCUAAAAGCCAACCAGACCUUGCCAUCCUUGCGGUGAAUACAUUUGUGAAGGAGCAGCAAAUAGGAAAAUAA